GAUCUAUUAAAUCAUAUGCCUUGCCUCUUCCGUUUAUGUUAAACUGCAGUACUUUAAAAGUUAUAUUUCUGCUUCCUCACUGAGCACUUGGCAGCAGAGACCGCUUAUUAUCAGCAAGAACUAAAAAGAAGAAAAACAGGAAAAAAUGCAGCAACGCUUUACAGAGGGAGAAUUCUACCAAGAAAACUUUGAGGCCGCUGCUUACCUCACAACGUACUAUUCAUCAGAGACUGGGAAUGCAUUUGAAGGCAGUGUGUUGCAGUUUACUUUAAGUACGAUUUGUCAGGCCUUUGCCUCAGGUAACAUCAAAGGUAAAUUGCUUAUUGAGAUUGGAAGUGGUCCUACUUUACACAAUGCUCUUAUUGCUUCUGAAUAUUUUCAGGAAAUUAUAAUGUCUGACUAUGCAGAGUGUAAUAGAAAAGAAAUUGAAAAGUGGCUCAGGAGAGAAAGUGGAGCUCACGACUGGAGUCGUUUCUCAAAGUUUAUCUGUGACAUUGAAGGCAAAAGAAGUACCAUAGAAGAAAGAGAAGAGAAGACACGCAGUGUGAUCAAGCAAGUUCUAAAAUGUGAUGUCACUCAAAACAACCCGUUUUACCCCAUCAUUUUGGAGCCUGCAGACUGUCUGCUGACAUCUCUGUGCCUGGAAGCUGCUUGUAAAGAUCAGGAGACAUAUCAGAAUGCACUUGGGAAUAUUGUGACGCUUCUGAAACCAGGAGCCCAGAGAAGACAGCUAACCCCACCCUUUCCAGUUUAGGAGAUAUAGAAAGGGGGAGCUCCUGAAAGGUGGCGUUUCACUUGGAAGACGACCCACCUAUAGGAAGGAAGUCCAAUGACAAACAAGCCUGACAAACCUAAUUAAGAAACAUUAUAAAAGUUGAAGAUUUUUUUGAUUUCUGUUCUAUUUUUACACCAUUACACACCUGUUAUUUUGUUUGUGUAUAAAAGAAGUAAAUGGGGUAGCCUGGUUGACACCCUAACAUUUCGCCCAAGAUCUUGUGGUUACUGGUGGUUUCUAUUUGCGUCAGGCUGCUCGGUCAACUGUCUUUCCUAUAGAAAAAAAUUUCAUGAGGGCAGAAGAAAGAUUCAGCUAAAAAAAGGCCGAAUUUCAGAGUUACUCCCCUACAGAGGUUAGGCUGGUCACUGAUUACUGUGUAGAGACUAGUAACUUCUUUUUAUUUAUUUUUUUUAUUUUAGCUAAUUUUAUUUCAAGAAAGUAACAGUAUACACACCAAAUAACUUAUAAAACCUAAUUAAACAAAAGAAGAA